AUGCAACACGGAAGUCGUAACAGUAGGCUGAUUUCGUACGACGACUCGGUGAGAAGCCCAGCAAUGGCGAUUCCAUUCCGGACCGACUCUCUCGAGGGCUCUACUCCACGUAGUUCUUACGAAGGCAUUAAGAGAGAAAUGUCCAAAACAAUCGAAGCCCUGGUAAACUGCGGCUUGUGUGAGCUUCGUUUAACCGCGCCGAAGAUGUUGAAUUGCCAGCACACCUUCUGUUUGCACUGCCUGGAAGAUCGUUGGCAUAAGCAGCCCGACAAAACUUACAUCAGUUGCACCACCUGCGACACGAAGCAACUGCUAAGGGAUGCUGACCUGGCUUCGCUUCCCUCGAACCUUCACAUCGACAACAUGCUCCAGAUGAUGCACCCAACACCAGGCGCAGGACUGACCCCCCACCGAUCGCCCGUGGGGAGCUAUCAGUUGGAAAAGAAACUUGCUCCGGGCGCGAUUCUGCAGUGCUCCAAGUGCCAAACAGUGGCCGAAACACAGAUGGACAUGUGUGAGCAUUGCAUGUCUAUGCUCUGCGCUAUCUGCUGGCUUGUCCACGUGGACGAACUGGCUCGCCAGGUUGGCCAGCUCGAAGGUCAGCUGAAGUCGGCGGUCGAAAACUUGGAUCACAAACUGAUCGAAUAUAAGAAGCGCUUCGAGGAGAUUAAUGACGAGAUUCGCGUGUGUUUCCGCAACAAAAUUUUGUCCCUCCAACAGCAACAAACGGAGCUAUUAGACGCCUCGCAAGGAAUACUAAACGAUGCCGUAUGCUCGCACGAGGUAGUGCGGGAAAAAAUCGUCCAACUGCAGAGCUCGGUCGGUCAUCCCAUCCAAGGAUCGCACGAUCCGGUGCAACUGUAUCUUAAGCUCCACAAAAACAUGUCGAUCAUCUUGGAGGAAGUGUCACUGUGGGGCCGCGAGCGUGUCCUGUUCAGUAGCGAAAAACUAAAGGUAGAGACGAUCUUCGAAUCCCAAAAUCCCAUGAAGCGGCAGACAAGCUUAGCGCCGGCCCACAAGCACCGACUGCAUCCGAACUCUUCCGAAGCGUCAUUGAUGUAUUUUUAUAAACACCAUGCCUACAAGCCUCGGCUUCUUUGGAGUCACUGCCAGCGACCAUCGGGUGUAGGCUUUGCACCCUGGAACCAUGAGCUCAUAGAAAAGCCUCUCCUCUAUGUGGCCGGCUCGGAAUGUCGCACCGUUUUCGGUAUCAACAAGAUAAAUGGUCAAAUAAUGCAGAAAAUAACGCAUGAAGAGCUGAGCUACCCACAAGGUCUAGCGUUCGAUGGCCAACGGAAGGAACUGUACGUAACGGACAAAUGGAAGCACUGCAUAUUUAUUUUCUCUCACGAUGGUCAAUUGGUGCGCAAAGUUUGCUCCAAAGGUGACCAACCGGGACAGUUAAGAUCCCCAGAGGGAAUUGCCGUAGCUGCCAAUGGUUCCAUAUUCGUAUGCGACACAGGGAAUGAUAGGAUACAGUCUCUUAGCGGAACCGACGGUAAGCCUCUGGCACAGUUCGGACGGCUAACGAAGGACCAGCUGAUGGCGGGAUCGCAAACGAAAGUAUCAUCCCGCAUGACCGACCUCAAGAAUCCUACCGACAUUGCCGUUCACAAAAAUAGCAGCGUAAUUGUGCUCGACGCAGGGAACCGACGCGUCAAAGUGUUCAACAAACUCGGUGACCAGCUGCUGGAGUUUGGACAGACUGGCACCAUCAAUGGGCAGUUUCAGUAUCCCGAAGUGCUGGCAAUAGAUCCGGCCGGGUUCAUACUGGUGGGCGAUGGCGGAAACACUAAGAUACUGGUUUACCGUCCGAGCGGACAGUUUGUGACGGCGCUCGGUUCGAGGGGCGACUCGGCCGGUAAAUUUAACUGGAUUUCAGGUAUUUGCGUCAGCCCCGAUUGGGAGAUUGUGAUCAGUGACUAUAAAAACCAUGCUGUGCAGGUGAUUUUUUGA